GGAGGUUCCGGCGCAGGCUCGGGCCACGGCCCCGGUCUCCGCCUCCGCCUCCUUGUCCUUGGCCUCGGCCCUCUCCCAGCUCCCCUUCUUGAAGAUCUAGACAUUGGCAACAUGGCGGCGGUGCUGCAGCAGGUUCUUGAGAGGCAGGAGCUGACCAAACUGCCUAAGCCCGUCCAGGCCAAAUUGGAGAAAUUCCUGGCGGACCAGCAGAGCGAGAUCGACUGCUUGAAGGGGCGGCACGAGAAGUUCAAGGUGGAAAGCGAACAACAAUACUUUGAGGUAGAGAAGCGGCUGUCCCAGAGUCAGGAGAGACUUGUAAAUGAAAGCCGAGAAUGCCAAACUUUGCGUCAAGAGCUGGAAAAACUUAAUCAACAACUGAAGUCGGUGACUGAGAAAAACAAAGAACUGGAAACUGCCCAAGAUCGACAUAUUGCUAUUCAGAGCCAGCUUACAAGAUCAAAGGAAGAAUUGGAAGCUGAGAAAAGAGAUUUGGUCAGAACCAGUGAGAGACGUUCACAAGAACUUGAAUAUUUAACUGAGGAUGUUAAACGCCUGAAUGAAAAACUUAAGGAAAGCAAUACAUCAAAAGGAGAGCUACAGUUAAAACUAGAUGAACUUCAAGCAUCUGAUGUUUCUGUUAAGUAUCGAGAGAAACGAUUGGAACAAGAAAAGGAAUUACUACAUAGUCAAAACACAUGGCUGAAUACAGAACUAAAAACCAAAACUGAUGAACUCCUGGCUGUUGGUAGAGAAAAAGGAAAUGAAAUCCUGGAACUUAAAUGUAAUCUUGAAAACAAAAAAGAAGAGGUUUCCAGGAUGGAGGAACAGGUGAAUGGCUUGAAAACAUCAAAUGAACAUCUACAAAAACAUGUGGAAGAGCUUCUGACCAAAUUGAAAGAGGCCAAGGAACAGCAGACUAGUAUGGAAGAAAAAUUCCACAAUGAGCUGAAUGCCCACAUCAAGCUCUCUAACUUGUAUAAGAGUGCUGCUGAUGACUCUGAAGCAAAAAGCAGUGAGCUAACUCGAGCAGUGGAUGAGCUUCACAAGCUUUUAAAAGAAGCUGGAGAGGCUAACAAAGGAAUACAAGAUCAUUUAAUGGAAGUGGAAGAAUCAAAAGCCCAAAUGGAAAAAGAAAUGCUAGAGAAGAUUGGCAAGUUAGAGAGAGAACUAGAGAAUGCUAAUGAUCUACUCUCAGCCACAAAAAGGAAAGGGGCCAUAUUAUCUGAAGAGGAGCUUGCAGCUAUGUCUCCCACUGCAGCAGCUGUAGCUAAAAUAGUGAAACCUGGAAUGAAAUUAACUGAGCUGUACAAUGCAUAUGUAGAAACACAAGAUCAGUUACUUUUAGAGAAACUAGAGAACAAAAGAAUUAAUAAAUAUCUAGAUGAAAUAGUAAAAGAAGUUGAAGCAAAAGCACCGAUUCUGAAACGCCAGCGUGAGGAAUAUGAACGUGCCCAAAAAGCUGUGGCAAGUCUAUCUGUUAAGCUUGAGCAAGCAAUGAAGGAAAUUCAGCGAUUGCAAGAGGACACUGACAAAGCCAACAAACAUUCAUCCGUUCUUGAAAGGGACAACCAAAGAAUGGAAAUACAAGUGAAAGAUCUUUCACAACAGAUUAGAGUUCUCUUGAUGGAACUUGAAGAAGCAAGGGGUAAUCAUGUAAUUCGUGAUGAAGAAGUAAGUUCUGCUGACAUCAGUAGUUCAUCUGAAGUAAUAUCACAGCAUCUAGUCUCCUACAGGAAUAUUGAAGAACUCCAGCAACAGAACCAGCGCCUUCUAGUAGCGCUUAGGGAGCUUGGGGAGACGAGAGAAAGAGAAGAACAAGAAACAACGUCUUCAAGAAUUACUGAGCUGCAAAUUCAGCUUGAGAGUGCCCUCACUGAAUUGGAACAACUUCGUGAAUCACGACACCAUCAGAUGCAGCUUGUUGAUUCAAUAGUCCGUCAGCGUGACAUGUACCGAAUUUUGUUAUCACAAACAACAGGAGUUGUCAUUCCAUUGCAAGCUUCAAGCUUAGAGGAAAUUUCCCUGAUGUCCACACCGAAACAUUCUUCUGGUGUGUCACAGACCAUCUCCACUCCUGCUCCAGUUUCUACAGUUGAGUCAACAGAGGCAGUAGAAGCCAAGGCUGCACUCAAACAGUUGCAGGAAAUUUUUGAAAACUACAAAAAAGAAAAAGCAGAGAAUGAUAAAAUUCAAAAUGAACAAGUGGAGAAACUUCAGGAGCAAGUUGCAGAUCUACGGUCACAACAUACUAAAAUUUCUACCCAGUUAGAUUUUGCUUCUAAACGGUAUGAAAUGCUACAAGAUAAUGUCGAGGGGUACCGUCGAGAAAUUACAUCCUUACAUGAGAGAAACCAAAAACUCACAGCAACAACUCAAAAACAGGAGCAGAUCAUCAACACUAUGACCCAGGAUUUGAGAGGAGCAAAUGAGAAGUUGGCAGUUGCAGAAGUGAGAGCAGAAAAUCUGAAAAAGGAAAAGGAAAUGUUGAAAUUGUCAGAAGUUCGCCUCACUCAGCAGAAAGAAUCUUUAUUAGCUGAACAAAGAGGACAAAACUUACUGCUAACUAAUCUGCAGACAAUUCAGGGAAUACUGGAGAGAUCUGAAACAGAAACUAAGCAGAGACUUAAUAACCAGAUAGAAAAGCUUGAACGUGAGAUAUCUCAACUGAAGAAGAAAUUAGAAACUGAAGUAGAACAAAGACACACACUUACAAGAAAUCAAGAUGUUCAUCUUUUAGACACAAAGAGACAGCUAGAGACUGAAAUAAACCGUCACCUUAAUACAAAAGAACUGUUAAAAAAUGCUCAAAAGGAAACUACUACAUUGAAACAGCAACUCAAUAAUAUCGAAGCCCAGCUUGCUUCCCAGUCAGCACAGAGAGCUCCUGGAAAAGGUCAGCCUAGUACUAAAGAAGAUAUAGAUGACCUUGUAAGUCAACUAAGGCAAGCUGAAGAGCAGAUAAAUGACCUGAAGGAAAGACUCAAGACAACUUCUAGUAAUGUGGAACAGUAUCGAGCUAUGGUUCUUAGCUUAGAAGAAUCCCUAAACAAGGAAAAACAAGUGACAGAAGAGGUGCGUAAGAAUGUUGAAGCUCGUUUAAAAGAUUCAGCUGAGUAUCAGGCACAACUGGAAAAAAAACUAAUGGAAGCAGAGAAGGAAAAACAAGAACUUCAAGAUGAAAAGCGCAGAGCCCUUGAGAGUAUGGAGCAGCAGCUAUCUGAAUUAAAGAAGACUCUCUCAAAUGUUCAAAAUGAAGUUCAAGAAGCUCUUCAGAGAGCAAGCACAGCUUUGAGUAAUGAGCAGCAAGCCAGGCGUGAUUGUCAGGAACAAGCUAAAAUAGCAAUAGAAGCUCAGAAUAAGUAUGAACGGGAACUGAUGUUACAUGCUGCUGAUGUGGAAGCUUUGCAGGCUGCCAAAGAACAGGUUUCUAAAAACUUACUAGUACGUCAGCAGUUGGAAGAAACAGCUCAAAAAGCAGAGUCACAGUUGUUGGAGUGUAAAGCCUCUUGGGAGGAAAGAGAGAGGAUGUUAAAGGAUGAAGCUACCAAGUGUGUCUCUCGCUGUCAAGAUUUAGAGAAACAAAAUAGAUUACUUCAUGAUCAGAUUGAAAAAUUAAGUGACAAGGUCGUGACCUCUAUGAAGGAAGGUGUGCAGGGUUCAUUAAAUGUAUCUCUAAAUGAAGAAGGCAAGUCUCAAGAACAAAUCUUAGAAAUUCUCAGGUUUAUACGGCGAGAAAAAGAAAUUGCGGAAACCAGGUUUGAAGUAGCCCAAGUAGAAAGCUUGCGUUACAGACAACGGGUAGAGCUCCUAGAGAGAGAGCUUCAGGAGCUGCAAGAUAGUCUAAAUGCUGAGAGAGAGAAAGUCCAGGUAACUGCAAAAACAAUGGCUCAGCAUGAAGAACUGAUGAAAAAAACUGAAACAAUGAAUGUAGUUAUAGAAACCAAUAAGAUGCUGAGGGAAGAAAAAGAAAGGCUGGAACAAGAACUACAGCAGAUGCAAGCAAAGGUCAGGAAACUGGAGUUAGAUAUCUUACCAUUACAAGAAUCAAAUGCUGAACUGAGUGAGAAAAGUGGUAUGUUGCAAGCAGAGAAGAAGUUGCUAGAAGAAGAUAUCAAACGCUGGAAAGCACGUAACCAGCAUCUUGCAAGCCAGCAAAAAGAGCCAGAUUUGGAAGAAUGUCGAAAGCUCCUUUCAGAGAAGGAAGUGAAUACUAAACGCAUUCAGCAGUUGACUGAAGAAACUGGAAGACUUAAAGCUGAAAUUGCAAGGUCAAAUGCAUCUUUGACCACUAGCCAAAAUUUAAUCCAGAACUUAAGGGAAGAAUUAAGUAAAAUGAGAACUGAAAAAGAAACUCUCCAGAAGGACUUAGAAGUCAAAGUAGCUGAUAUACAAGAAAAAGUCAAAACUAUUACUCAAGUCAAGAAAAUUGGAAGAAGAUACAAGACUCAAUAUGAAGAGCUUAAGGCACAACAUGAUAAGGUAAUGGAGACUUCUCAGUCUUCUGGAGAACUAUUGGAACAGCAAGUAUCUGUACACGAAGUUCAGGAGCUCAAAGAAACUCUGAGCCAAGCUGAAAUAAAAACAAAAUCUCUAGAAAAUCAAAUAGAGAACCUUCAGAAGACAGUAUCUGAAAAAGAGACUGAAGCUAGAAGUCUUCAGGAACAGAUAACACAGCUUCAGUCUGAACUCUCACGUCUUCAUCAGGAUCUUCAAGAUAGGACUACACAGGAGGAGCAGCUACGACAACAUAUGACUGAGAAGGAAGACAAAACGAGAAAGGCUCUUGUUGCAGCCAAAGCAAAGCUGGCACACUUAGCUGGUGUCAAAGAUCAAUUAACUAAAGAAAAUGAAGAGCUUAAACAAAGAAAUGGUGCAUUAGAUCAGCAGAAAGAUGAGUUGGAUGUACGUAUGACUGCUCUUAAAUCACAGUAUGAAGGUCGAAUUAGCCGUUUAGAACGAGAACUCAGGGAACAGCAAGAAAGACAUCUUGAGCAAAGAGAUGAGCCUCAGGAAACUACUAGCAAGGUCCCUGAACAACAAAGACAGAUCACACUCAAAACAACUCCAGCUUCAGGUGAAAGAGGAAUUGCUAGUACAUCAGAUCCACCAACAGCCAAUAUCAAGCCAACUCCUGUUGUAUCUACUCCAAGCAAAGUGACAGCUGCUGCCAUAGCUGGGAAUAAGUCAACCCCUAGAGCUAGUAUCCGACCAAUGGUUACACCUGCAACAGUUACAAAUCCAACCACUACUCCAACAGCUACAGUGAUGCCCACAACACAGGUGGAAUCUCAAGAAGCUAUGCAAUCAGAAGGACCAGUGGAUCAUGUUCCAGUUUUUGGAAGUACAAGUGGGUCUGUUCGUUCUACCAGUCCCAAUGUCCAGCCCUCUAUUUCUCAGCCCAUUUUAACUGUUCAGCAGCAAACACAGGCUACAGCCUUUGUGCAACCCACUCAACAAAGUCAUCCUCAGAUCGAGUCUGCUAGCCAAGAACUAUCCCCCAGCAUCGUAGAAGUUGUACAAAGUUCACCAAUUGAAAGACCUUCCACUUCGACAGCAGUAUUUGGUACCGUUUCAGCUACUCCAAGUUCAUCUCUGCCUAAACGUGCACGUGAAGAGGAAGAUGAUAGCACCAUAGAGACAUCAGAGCAAGUCUCUGAUGAAGCAAUAGAUAUGCCUCUCUCAAAGAAAUUGAAAAGCAUACCCCCUGUAGGACCUGAGGAAGAAGUUACGGCAGAAGAGAGCACUGAUGGGGAGAUUGAGCCCCUUGUAAAUCAGGAUUCACAAGAUUCUGUUGGAGAGGGAGUCACUCAGGGAGAUUAUACUCCUAUGGAGGACAGUGAAGAAACUUCUCAAUCCCUUCAAAUUGAUCUUGGACCCCUGCAGUCAGAUCAGCAGACUUCAACCUCUUGCCAGGAUGCCCAGUCCAAAGGAGAUGAUGUCAUUGUGAUAGACAGUGAUGAUGAAGACGAUGCUGAUGAUGAAAACGAUGGUGAACAAGAGGAUUAUGAGGAGGAUGAUGAGGAUGAUGAGGAUGACGAUGAUGAUGAAGACACAGGGAUGGGAGAUGAAGGUGAAGAUAGUAAUGAAGGCACUGGUAGUGCAGAUGGCAAUGAUGGCUAUGAAGCUGAUGAUGCUGAGGGUUGUGAUGGUACUGAUCCAGGUACUGAAACAGAAGAAAGUACAGGAGGUGAAAGUAGCCAGAGAGCUGCAGAUUCUCAGAACAGUGGUGAAGGGAAUUCUGUCACAGAAUCAUCUCUGUCCCAUGAAAAUUGUAGAGAACAACAACCAUCAUCAGCAUCUGAAAGACAGGGUCCUCGAGCACCUCAGUCACCCCGAAGACCGCCUCACCCACUUCCUCCAAGACUAACUAUCCAUGCACCUCCUCAGGAGUUGGGACCUCCAGUCCAGAGAAUCCAGAUGACACGAAGACAGUCAGUUGGACGAGGGCUUCAGCUGACUCCUGGGAUAGGUGGUAUGCAGCAGCACUUUUUUGAUGAUGAGGACAGGACUGUUCCAAGUACCCCAACUCUUGUGGUACCACAUCGUACAGAUGGUUUUGCAGAAGCAAUUCAUUCACCUCAGGUUGCUGGUGUUCCUAGGUUCCGGUUUGGACCCCCUGAGGAUAUGCCGCAAACAAGCUCUAGCCACUCAGAUCUUGGUCAGCUUGCGUCUCAAGGAGGUUUAGGUAUGUAUGAAACACCCCUCUUCCUAGCACAUGAAGAAGAAUCUGGUGGCCGAAGCGUUCCUACUACUCCCCUACAAGUUGCAGCUCCAGUGACUGUAUUUACAGAAAGCACUACUACUGAUUCUUCUGAGCAUGCAUCUCAAUCUGUUCCAAUGGUGACAACAUCCACUGGCAGUUUAUCCACGACUACAGAAACAGGGACAGGUGAUGAUGGAGAUGAAGUAUUUGUGGAGACAGAACCUGAAGGAAUUAGUUCGGAAACAGGCCUAGAAAUUGAUAGUCAGCAGGAGGAAGAACCUGUUCAGGCAUCUGAUGAGUCUGAUCUUCCUUCUACCAGCCAAGAUCCUCCGUCCAGCUCCUCUGCAGGUCUUUCAGAGCGUUUUCUUCACUACAACCCUGUGAGAUGCAGUGAAAGGAGUAGUAUUCAAAUUUUAAAGACAAGAAACGGAGGUUCUGAGAAAUUAAGUGACUUUACCCAUGAUUGCACAAUUAAUACUAGCAGUAGUCAACCUAAGCCUUUCAGACGAGUUAGGCUCCAGCCUCAGACUUUGAGAACAGGUGUCCGGGGUCGUCAGUUUAACCGACAAAGAGGUGUCACCCAUGCAAUGGGAGGCAGAGGAGGAUUAAACAGAGGAAAUAUUAAUUAAAAGUUUUGUAAACUGUUAUUUUAAUUGUUAAUAAG